UUCAGUAAAAAUGUCUGACUUGUAUAAAAGUGUACAUACGCAGGUUGUAGACACAUGGUUGAUGACAUCUGGAAAGUUUGGGUCUGGCCGUUACCCAUUCUCAGGUAGCCUAAUGGUGUGUGUACUUGAUUAUUGUUCUUGUCUCCAAAAUAAUGAGGUAUUUAAUAAAAGUGUAGAAGCAUUGUUAGCCUCUGAAGGUGAAAUUCUUGUUUGUGCAUUUAUCAUGGGAUUUCUUGCUUUCAACUAUCACAAUGGAUUGCAGGGAAAGAAAAUCUGAAAGAGAACAUUUCCAAGUGAUGGUGCAAGAGAAAGAAGAGUCCCAAAAGAAACAGAGGAUGUACUUCAAGACUGUAGUUAAGAAACUGUGCUUAUGAGAAAUAUAUGUAGAUUGAAGUACUUUUGUUUAUAGCAUUAUUAAAAUUGG